AUGUCGCACUCCCAGCGUCCCCCCGCCUACUCCAUCCUCUCCACGCCCCCAGACAUGUCCCUCAGCCCCGAACAGCAAUCGCUGAAAGAGCGUUUCGACGCCGAACUCGGCCCCGAUGCCUUCGACGCGCCGUGGUCGCGGCUCCUCAAGCACAGUCCAGAGAUGUUUGCCGCGUCACUACGUCUAACCGCCGUGCCGAAGCGGAAAGGCCAUCUCAGUCCCAAGAUCCAGUCGUUGAUAUCUCUCGCUGUGGCCGCGGCGUCUACACAUUUACAUGUUCCUGAUAUCCAGCGGUACACAAAAGCAGCGCUUGCGAAUGGCGCAAGCAAGGCGGAGAUCGUGGAGGUACUGUAUUUGACGAGCACGCUAGGAAUUCAUGCUUGCAACAUUGGGGUUCCACUUUUAGUAGAAGUGUUGAAAGAGGAGGGUAGGGAAGUAAAGAGCGGGAUGGACGGCAUGAAUAAAGAGCAGUGGGAGUUGAAGGAGGAAUUCGAGAAGAAGAGGGGUUAUUGGCAUGCGUUUUGGGAGGACUUUCUGAGGCUGAGUCCGGAGUUCUUUGGGGCGUAUGUCGAGUUUUCGAGUGUGCCGUGGGUGAAUGAGGGUGGCAAGGGGGUGUUGGAACCGAAGGUAUGUAUGGUAUAA